AUGUCCAAAGAUUCUUGUGGAAAAAGAGAGACGUCUCAGAGAAAAGAUACCACCUCAUUACCCCACUUUGAUGAAGAUAAGAAAGAUAAAAAAACCUCAGCAAGUUCAACUAGCUCAUCUUGCUCUGUAAGAUCCAUUUCAUCAGAGAAGAGAAAACUGAAAUCAGAUCAUAUAGACGUUGUGAACUGUAAUGCAAAAAGAAGACAUGAACUGAAAAGACUGAAUGUAGACACUGACACUCUAAGAAAGAGACCAAAAAUCAACUCGUCAUCCCAAGAACCUGUUAAACUUCAAGAAGCAUCAUAUGCCAAUGAUAAUCGAAUUAUUUCACAAAGUCCUUCAAAUGGAACUAAAAAAGAUAUAAGUAAAUGUGUAGAUUUUAAAGAUAUUAAAUUGCCAAAUGUUAGGGGUAGCCUUGACCAUGGAGUUAAAAACCUUAGCAUUCCUAAAAUUGCCAAAGAUGUGAAACCUAAAGCUGAAGGUCAGGCAAAUGAAAAACUGCAGCUUCAUUUACUUGCUCACAGGCAGAAGAUGAAAGAUCUCAAGAAGGAAAGGCACAAUAAAUACAGAGACAGUUUUGAAAAAUGUGUUUUGGAAAAGUGCAAGAGAGCCCAAUAUUCUCAGGAUUAUAAUUCCAACAAGAUAUUUAAGGAACCCCCUGAAUCUAGAAGAAGGAAGGUCAGUUUCAAAAUCCCAGCAAAAUCCCAAGAUUCCCGCCAGAAGCCUGCAGAAGAAAACAUCUUCCUUUCAGAGUCCAGCAAGUCAACGACUAAGCAGAAGAAAAAAGGGUGCCUGGAAAACUUGCAGGUUUCAUUAAAUAUGAUGAAGCAAACAAAUAAACAUUUGUUUUCAGAUUUCACUUGUAAGCAGACUGUUUGUGAGUGGAAAGGAAAAUAUCAUUUUGAGCAUCAAGAAAGUAAUGAUUCAAGUUCUAGUGAACACCAGACCCAGAGUUUUGAAGCACAAUGUUCUUCAGUGUCAUAUGAAAGUAUUCCAGAUACAGAUCAAGAGAUGCAGAUAGUAGAAGAGCUUCAUGCUGCACGUGUGGGGAAAACUGUGGAUUUGCCUGUGGUCCCUCCUCCUGGAGAGUUAUCGAGCAUGGAGAUUGACUUGGUAGAAGAUGAUGUGCAUUCCUCUGCUGCAAAUAUUGCUUCAGACAAACAUCUUCUAAUUGUUAUUGAUACAAAUAUUCUGAUGAAUCAUCUCAAAUUUGUUAGAAUUUUGAAGACAACAGAAAUCCCAGGCUUCGACAGGCUUGUGUUAAUAAUUCCCUGGGUAGUUGUACAAGAGCUAGAUCGUAUGAAGGCGGGAAAACUACUGAAAUAUGCCCAGCACAAAGCUAUACCUGCGGUUCGUUUCAUCAAUGACAGUCUCAAAAGUCAAGAUAGAAAACUCUGGGGUCAAUCAAUACAACUUGCAUCUCAAAAACUUUAUGGAUUCAGUGAUGAGAACAAUGAUGAUCGAGUAUUAAAAUGCUGCCUUCAAUACCAGGAAUUAUUCCCUAGUUCUCUUGUUAUUCUGUGCACGGAUGAUAGAAAUUUAAGAAACAAAGGCCUAAUAAGUGGUGUGAAGUCACUCAGUAAAGAAGAAUUGAGUGCAGAGUUCUUAAAUGUGUCUCUAAACACAGUUACAUGUCAUCAGCCUUGUGCAUCUAAGCAACAGUUGAAAGCAGAGCAAACACCUUUGGGAAAGAGUAAUGAGGAAGAAUCUGCAAAUUCUGGACUGCUCAUUCUACUUGAAGGCAUAGUAUCUGAUCUUGAAAAAUCUCUUGGAACAGCCUUAUCUUCAAUAUUAGAAACAGAAAUGAAAAUUGCUUUUGGAAACCUCUGGAUGGAGAUGCUGUACUUGAAACCACCGUGGACUCUAAUGCAUUUAAUACAAUGCUUUAAAAAACAUUGGGUGGCUGUAUUUGGAUUAAUUAUGGAAAAGAGCUUGCUUUUAACUGUUGAGAGCUUAUAUGACAGUCUCUGUAAAGCUAACAGUGCAGUAGAUUUUACAACAGUGAAAUUCCUACUCCAGGAUUCUAAAAGCCUAUUACAUGCUUUCAGUACGAGGUCAAAUUAUGAUGGUGUUCUUCCACAGGCCUUUGCUCAAGUAAACAAACUUCUCCAAACAUUGGCAGAGGUCAAGGUAAAACGUAAUCAAAAUCCUUCAGAAAAUACAGCGGGUAAAAAGCAAGAAGAUACUUCUCCAAUGAAAUCUGACAACCAAGAAACCACUGAUUUCUCGGGCGUUCGUCUCCCCACACCCAACAGGCAUCAAGAAAUUUGGUCUAUCUUAGAGAGUGUUUGGAUUACAAUAUAUGAGAACAGCACAGAUGUGUUUCAAAGAUUGGGCCCAAAUUCAGCUCUGACUUGCUCAAAAAUACCAUCAUUUGAAGAAGCAUUUAUAUAUCUUCAAAAGUUAAUGGCAGCUGUAAAGAAUAUUCUUGAAGGAAUUCAGAGGAUUUUGGCCCCCAACAGUAAUUAUCAAGAUAUUGAGACCCUCUAUAACUUCCUAAUCAAAUAUGAGGUAAAUAAAAGCGUCAAAUUUACUGCCCAGGAACUUUAUGAUUGUGUUUCACAUACUGAAUAUCGGGAAAAGUUAACUAUCGGAUGCCACCAGCUGGUUGAGAUGGAGUAUGCCAUGCAGCAGUGCUAUGCAUCUGUGUACAUGGAGGCCAAAAACAGGGGGUGGAGUGAAGACAUGCUCAAUGAUAGGACCUAA